AUGGUCUACAUCGAUGUCGCAGCUAUGCGGCUAGCUACCCUGCUCUCUAUUAUGCUUCUACCUUGCCAAGCAUCUGCGAGUACCACUCCCCCUGGCCGAAAUGCAAUAUUACUCUCGAAUGUGCAUACCCUCACCUUACGGGCAGAUGGCAUGACCACAGCUCGUCGUGUAUCUCCCAUACCGCAACUGAAAUGUGUGGGUCCUGCAAGGGUGUGUCGUCUUUACAAGCCCGAGAUUAUGCGCUGCACCAACGAUGGAUAUGGCUACGAUGAAGAAGAUGUGCAAUGGACCUGUAAAGCUCCACUGCCCCCCGAGUUCAAACUCGGCUCCACCGAUGUGAUCUGCGAGGGAUACCGCAAUGCAGACGACAAGUGGGUCCUGAAGGGCAGCUGCGGUGUUGAAUAUCGGCUAUUCUUGACAGAAGAAGGUGAAAAGAGGUUUGGCAAUAGCAACUGGGAUUCCUGGAAGAGCGGAGACAGCUCAGAGGAUUCGUUGGGGACUUUCGGUACCAUUAUAUUCUGGUUCAUCAUGAUCGCUGUGGCUCUGCUCAUCUGCAUUCCGUGCAUACGCGGUCUUUCCGAUGGGAGUGACCAUGAAGGCCGAAGACCUCGACGUAGGGGUGGAUACUGGGGAGGAGGUGGAGGUGGAGGUGGUGGUUAUCCUCCAGGGCCACCACCGCCAUAUAGCAGAUACGCUGAUGGUUUUGAUUCCUACAAGAGGUACCGGCAUGAAGAGGGUUGGAGACCUGGCUUCUGGUCAGGUGCUUUGGGAGGCGCAGCUGCUGGAUAUGGAUUGGGCCGUUCUCGCAAUAGUGGCUAUUCUGGGCGUAACUACGAUCCAGGCGAGGGUAGCUCAGGAAGUCGAACGCCGGGAUUCUCAUCUACGUCUACGAGCACAGGAUUCGGUUCAACUCGGCGGAGGUGA